UUUGUUAGCGCGCGCCCUUUCCGCGGGACUCCGACUCGCUCGAUUAACCGUUGGUUGGUGAUCGGAGGCGCGCGGGAUAAUAAGUAAACAGUGGUCAAAGUUCACUUUUUUGCAGCGUUAUAUUUAGUUUAACUUUUCGGUCGCUUCUGGACGCUUAGUGAACCAGCGGAGGGCUAAAUCCGCGAGUUUUAAACACAAGUGAAGAAGUGAAAGGAGCGGCAGAGGGGAUGGACGACAGCUGGGAGACAGACAGAAGUUGUAGUAAAAUCAGCGACAGUGAGACACUUCAGGACAAGAAUGGGAACGAAGACGAGCCUUCACUGCCUCUUAGGGAGUUCUACCCUUAUAUUCGCUGUGCUCUCUGCACCGGAUUCUUUAUUGAUGCCACUACCAUCACUGAAUGUCUUCAUACAUUCUGUAAAAGUUGCAUCGUCAAGCACUUUUUCUACAGCAACAGGUGUCCAAACUGUGACAUAGUCGUUCACCAAACCCAGCCACUCUACAAUAUAAGACCUGACAGGCAAUUGCAAGACAUUGUUUAUAAGAUGGUUCCACAUUUGGAGGAAGCGGAGAGGCAAAGAAUGUGUGCAUUUUACAAAAACAGAGGACUGGUAAUGCCAAAACCAGUGGCAGUGCCAUCCAUUCUUCCAACAAAGCCUCUGAAACAGAAACAGAAAGACAUGAUGCCGCAGUCUGUUUUUACUAUUCCUCCAGAACUGGAUGUAUCGCUGAUGCUGGAGUUUGUUGGGGCUGAGAAUGGCAUUGAAAAUUAUAAGCCCCUGGAGAGAAAGUAUGUGCGUGUAUCAGGUGAAGCCACCAUUCGACAUGUGGAACUCUUUAUCAGAAGAAAGAUGGAAUUAAGUCCUAAUUUGCAGGUGGAUGUUGUUUGUGGGGAGCAUAUCCUACAGCAGCGCCAGUCUCUGAGAGAAGUGAGAAGCACAAUGGGCAAAAAUGCUCUACAAGAUGGAAUGCUGGUUUUACAGUUUGGACUUGUGCUUCCUGGGCAGUGAACAGAAGAUACUGAUGUAUCUCAAUUAUCCAGUCUCUUGUCUACUGUGAAUGGAGUAAGGGCUAUUUUGAACUUUGUCUUUCUAUGUUCUCUGCUGUUCCAAAGCACCUGGUUAAAAACAUCUUUAAACCAAUGUUGCUCCACAACUGCACAUUCUAAUAAAACUGGAGCACUUUUCUAUGGACAUUUUUUCAUAUUGGAGAUAUACUUUAUUAAACACUAUGCUGUAUGGGAAACUGGAUUAGGUUUUUGUACAAAUUGAAUGUACUGUGUGUGUUUUGUACUGAAAUGCAUUUAAUGCAUUUUGUUUUUGUUAAAUAAAUAUGCUUGGUUAAUAGUA